AUGACUGCACGUCGUCAACAAGACCUACCCGUCGAGAGUUCUUGGCGCUUGGUAGAAGGCGGCGAAAAUGACAGUUUCGACACUUCCAUUCUCAACGACCUGGAGGAGGACGAUGGCUUUCUAACGGAGCCGUCACAAAUUCCAUCGCAGUCAUUCAGCAUCGGCGAUUUCAUGAACAAGGCGGACGAUGAGCGAGUUAUCCUUCGGUCUCCAUUUCAACCCACCUUCAUCAUGCCAUCCAUGCGCUUCAGUUCUACUUCAGGGACUGGAACCAGCCCCCAACACAGUAGCGGUCACUCCUCGCGGACCAUACGCCCCGGCGACGUCUCAUAUCAGCAGCAGGAUGUGCGGCGCCGUGCGAUACGCCAAGCCAGCACUGGAAGCCCUACGUCUGCCAGACGUGGCGAUCCCAGAAGAGCAAGGGGUUACUACGAUGAACCGGCUGAGCCCAAGACCGUCACGGAGCGCCUGUCAGAGUCUCUACCAAGUGCGGCCUUCAACAUUUUGGCAUGGAUUUUCAACGUCAUUGGCAUGGCCCUUGGUUACGUCCAAAAGCCGUUGGCACUGUGCCUUGCAGUCUGGCUUUUCUUUGGUGCCUCCAUAAUGCUUCAAAAUAUGGUCACCAAGUCACUCACAACGUCCCUCUCGCCGCUCUGUCGCAUCCCUGGCGCGGCAUAUUUGGACCUCCCUUUUUGCCCCUCGUUCACCGCUUCACCGGGCGGAGGCAAGGAGUCAGGGUCCGAGUCUGCCAACGUUGAGUUUGACGACCUCAUGAACGUUCAGUCACAAUUCGAGCAAGUUCUUGAACGCAGUGCCGAUGGCGUAUCAUUACCGAUGGAAAUGAAGCGUUCCGAGUCUUCGAUACGCGAUCUACGCACCAUGGUUCGGUACUCGGAAUUGCCACAGCGGGACGAGCUAGUGUAUGAGUUCAACGAGUAUAUCGAUACCGCCCGCUUGACGGCCUCCGACUUACAAAAGUUCAACGUUCAUGUGGGAUCCGCCGUCGACUCCGUCAUCUCGAUCAACCGCUGGACGUCUCGCUAUCUUGAUACGCUCUCUGUAUCAGAGACAACAGACGUGGGACUGGUUUCCCAGUGGUCCAGCUGGCUCUUCUACCCCUUUACUCCCACAGUGACGCCUUUCUCCGAACGGACCCUUCUCGACAAAUACAUCGAGCAUACCGCCCUCGUCUCUGACCGUAUCUCCUCACUCAUAGUAGAAGCGCAAGGAGUUCUGCUUCUACUCACAAAGGCGGAGGAGAACCUUAAUCAAAUCUACGAAAUCGUCACUCGCUCGUCGAAUUCGGUCAAAUCCCGUCGCGACGAGGUUCUCUGGACGUUGUGGACUCUUGUCGGUGCGAAUAACAAACGCCUGCACAACCUCAACGCCCAGCUCUCCCUUCUGCGCCAGGUGGAUAGGCAGCGCGUCACAGCCGUUGCGCAGAUAUCGGCUCUUAUUGUCGAUCUUGAAAAGAUCCAGGCCGGGCUGGGCGAUCUCCGCGACCGCGUCGCCGCUCCCGAGCUUGUGCGUGAUUCGACCAUUGCAAUCCCGUUGACGGUCCACAUUGAGACCAUCGACCGUGGAGUCGAACGGCUGGAAGACGCUCGUCAGCGGAUUCGCGCAGCCGAAAACGACCGCAUCCGUGAAGCGCUGGCCAGAGGUGGCACGAAGGAAGACGACAAGCUCAUUGAGGGACGGUCAUGA